UCCAUCAGAACCAAAAACUACCUUAAAGAACGGGCUACCAGACAGUCCUUCGUUCAAAGGCUUGAAGCGGCGGUUCGAGCGCGACACCCGAAAAGUUGCCCAUAGACAUCGGUUUGAGGAUUUGCCUUCUCCGCUUCUUCUUGCGGUUUUCAAUCACCCGUGCGAGGAGAUUCAGGGAGAUGUGGCGCAAGGGCAGCAAGCGCAGCAAGCGCUUCGGUGGCGGCGGCGCCGGGGGCGAGCCGCCGGCCAAACGCCAGGCUGCCGGGAAGGAAACCCCCUCCGAGGACGCCGACGACAGCACCGUCGUUGCUCAGAUAUCGAAGAACAAGAGGGUGUCCGUGAAGAGCUGGAACGGCAAGGUCAUGGUCGACCUUCGAGAGUUCUACGUCAAGGACGGCAAGGACCUCCCCACCCGCAAAGGUAUAUCGCUUCCAAUAGAUCAGUGGAAAAUACUAAAGGACAACAUCAAGGCUAUAGACGAGGCCGUCAAGGAGAAGGAGAACAAAUGAUUGAAGAAGCGGUCGACGAGAUAGUGUUGGGCAAACAUUUGCUCAUUCGCUGCUCAAGCAUGCAGUAGUAGUCUAGUUCUGUCUUUGGUUAAACCUUACCUGGAAUGCUGGACUUUCUGUAGGCUGUAACCACCUCUGUCGUGAAGGUGGCCUCGUAGCAUAACGGUUUAGCUUAGUACUAGUAGUACUUUUUAUGCCCUCUGUGGUCUUUAGUAUGGUCAUCCAGGUAUGUGACUUUGUGCUUCGUUCUAGCUGGAGAAGAUGUCUAAAUGGCUUCUUGUUGCCACAUGGUUUUCUCUGCUAAAUGAAUCCUGCUGACGCCCUUUGCUUAA